AUAUUGUUUUGCAGGGAUCCCAGUCACUUGUCUAGCUGUAUUUGUAGGAACUUGCUCAAUUUGGGACGAUGCUGAUGCUUUCCUGGGCCUACAACAUCUCACCUGCGAUCUCUGACUCUGUUUAAAAGCUUUUUAUUUAGGCUGAUCAAUUUCAACUGGAUGCUGCGGUUCGUAGAUGUUUUUGUGUCUUAUCCUGACAGCUUUCUCGAAGAAAUUGGGAACUGAGAGAAAAGAAUCUUUUUGCAUCUGCAUGGAAUGAGAACAGAAUCUAAAUUGGGAUUUAGGCGUUUCAACAAUGACAGUUUGUGUACGGCUAGUGAAUCACAGCGUGGGUCUCUUUCUUGUCCUGUAGGGUACAGUGCAGUUCAUGGUGUAUGUUUUGAAUCAAUAGAUUGUUUGUUUGGUUUUACUGUUGUUGCGUGCAUGUGUCUGCCAGCAUACGAGGAGGCUGCGUCACUUUAACGGGUCCGCGAGGCUUGUGUUUUGGCAGUAGGUGUGAAACGUGGUCUAUCCCGGCUGUGUCCUUCAGGACACAAAAGCAUCCUUGUCAGAAUCAGAGGUAAACGGGGAGGCAUUCAGUGUAAUUGCUCGGCGCUGCCGUACACACUUGCACUUGUUCAAAUGUACUCGUGGGAACGGUGUUUUCGCUUGAGUGAAAGAGUACGGAGUGUUCCGUUUGCCUCCUUGACUCUUAGUAGGUCAGUAGGUUCAUUCCUCACAAAUCUGAAGUAAAUUUCUUUGCGGGACAGUAAGAUUCUUAAGACUUUCUCUACAAGUGAAUAGAGAGACCCAAACAGUUUCCUUGUUCAUGUUGAGCAUUACUUUGGGUUUGAUUUUGGGUACUGUAGCUAGAAUUAGGUUAGUCUAAUUUUGUACGACAAGGCAAGGACAAGUCUCAAAACAUUUUGACUGAAGAGUUAUUGUAGGGUUGUAUUUGAAGUGAUGUUGUGCCCGGCCUCCUGUUUCCCACUCCUGAGGGAUUUGUCCCAGUUGCGGUGCCUACUCAGUUGGCCACGACAACGAGGUGUUUGUGUCACAGGCACAAAUCGACCGGUUUGUCAUACCAAACCACUUCCUGGAAGCAAGUAUGCCUCAGCUGGAUGUCUGCUGUCCCUCCACCACAGCGAGAAGCCAGAGCAUGAAGAAGUCUGUGAGUUCCGCCCGUACACCUGCCCAUGCCCCGGAGCUUCCUGUAAAUGGCAGGGCUCCCUGGAGGCCGUCAUGCCACAUCUCAUGCAUGCCCACAAAUCCAUUACCACCUUACAGGGCGAGGACAUUGUCUUUCUGGCCACGGAUAUUAAUCUACCGGGGGCUGUGGACUGGGUCAUGAUGCAGUCAUGUUUCGGGCACCACUUCAUGCUUGUUCUAGAGAAGCAGGAGAAAUACGAGGGACACCAGCAGUUCUUUGCCAUCGUGCUGCUCAUUGGCACGCGAAAGCAAGCGGAGAACUUUGCCUACCGCCUCGAGUUGAACGGCAACCGUAGGCGGCUCACAUGGGAGGCCACGCCACGCUCGAUCCAUGAUGGCGUAGCAGCGGCCAUCAUGAACAGUGACUGUCUUGUAUUUGAUACCUCUAUUGCCCACCUGUUUGCAGACAACGGCAACCUGGGUAUCAACGUUACCAUCUCCAUGUGCUGAGGUGGCAGUGUAAGGCUUUUUCCAGUGACCCAAACCUAGGACAACCCCUGCUCCCUAUCAGACUGCAGGUUCUGAAGGCAACGGCUGGGAGAUGUAUACAUUUGUGUAUAUUUCUGUUCAAGAGUCAUACGCUAAAAUAGCGCACACUUUCCAGAUUCACUAGUGGGUUAGUAUGCUAGACGGAUGGCAAGAGUCCUUCUCGAGAUGAAGCGGGGAGUGUGCAGGUGUUAGCUAUCAGUUGAAGGCAUUGGUGCAAUUGAGAAUUUCUUUUGCCCACCCCAAGGAUACAAACACCUCAACUUUCUGAUUACACCUUCGAUAAAAGUUCGGGUGUGGAUGACCACCGUCGCAGAAUCAAAAUGCUAACUUAGGAAGAGUCUAGGCAUGAAGGUGUAACAUUUGCCUCAGAAGCUUAUAAAACCUAUGUGUACAAAAACUGCACUGACUACUUUGGUUUUCGUCUUUGGAUAUUGAGUGAAACCAUGGAAAUUGUACAUGGCAAUGUAAAUGGUAAUCCUCUGAAUUUCAUGGUUGUAUAUUGGUUUGAUAAAACAAUGCCCAUGGUGGAAAUAAAAUACACUUGCAAAAAUGACUACAUAGCCACCAUGUUUGUAAGGCAAGAAUCUGACCUCUUCAUUAAAUUUUUUCCUUUCUUUUUUAAAAAAAAAAAAC